CCUCCUACAACGGAGAGGGCUCAGGGUGACCUGAUCCCUGCGGUGCAGUGGGUCGUGAGCGUGCGAGCCGCGCGCGGAUCGAGGAGGGAGGCGAAGAUGCUGGGCAUCCAGAAGCGGCGGGUCCAGCUGCUGCUCUUCAUCGUGGGCAUCCUCGCCCUCAGCAUGACCGCCGAGAGAUCCAGGGAGCUCGUCGGAAAGGAGGCCGCGUCGAAGAGCGGGCAGUUCACGCUCACCAACUGCUUCGACAUGGGCCCCGGCAGCGUCGCGUGCGCGGCGAAGGAGGGCGUCAAGCUGUACGUCUACAACCUCCAGACCGCGCACACGGAGAGGGCCCGCCGCCGCGCCGUCGAGGGCGCACUCGCCGACGCCGCGAGGGACGGCGUGCCCCACGCGGAGGCGGCCAGGCGAGCCCACCGGGUCGGCGCGACGGCCGCGAAGCUGGCCGGUCGGCAGGCCGAGAGGGUGCUGGGCCCGGUGGUCUCCUCCGGCUGGGACCUGUUCGAGGCCAUGUACCUGGGCGGGAGCAUGACGGAGGGCUUCCUCCGAGGCACGGGCACCUUGUUCGGGACAUACGUGGGCGGUUUCCAUGGCGACGACAGGAUGGGGAAGCUGGGUUACCUCGCCGGGAGCCAUCUCGGCAGCUGGGCUGGUGGAAGGAUCGGGCUGAUGGUGUACGACGUCGUGAGUGGCCUCAACUACAUGCUUCGGCUUGUCAGGCGAGAGUAGAAGCAAUGUCAGGUUAUGGGUUCAGUAUAGAAUUCAGAGUAUGCAUAUGUAAUUAUAGAAGUGGGGAAAAGUUAGGGAUCCAACAUAGCAUGAGGAGAGUGCAUUCUUGGACGUCCACUUAUCAUGUUAUUUUAAUAGUUAU